GAAAUUAUAUGUAAUCUCAACAUAAACACCAAACACAUGCUUACCUGAGAAAUGAGUGCAGGAAACAUAGCUAAAAGAUGGAAGGAGCUAAGCGGCCAACAAAAGUGGAAGGGCCUCCUCGACCCUCUAGACAUCGAUCUCCGUCGAUAUCUCAUUCACUACGGUGAAAUGGCUCAAGCUACCUACGACACUUUCAAUUCGGAGAGGAAGUCGAAAUUUGCAGGGGACAGUAGAUAUUCAAUGAAGCAUCUAUUUUCUAAGGUUGGUCUAAUCUCCAAUAACCCGUUUCAGUAUCAACCAGUCAAGUACUUGUAUGCCACCUCUAAAAUCGGUGUCCCGGAAAGCUUCAUCUUGAAGCCAUUAUCAAAGGAAGCCUGGAAUGGGGAAUCAAAUUGGAUCGGAUACAUAGCAGUGGCUACCGAUAGCGGAAAAGCGGUAUUGGGUAGGAGGGAUAUAGUGCUCGCGUGGCGAGGAACAGUCCAGCCUAUUGAAUGGGUUAAAGAUUUUGAUUUUCCUUUGAAAUCAGCUUCUGAAAUUCUAGGAGAAGAUAGGAAUGCUCAUGUUCAUGAAGGAUUUCUAUCGAUUUACACAUCAGAUAACCCUCAUUCACAAUAUAACAAAACUAGUGUAAGAGAGCAGAUGCAUGAUGGGCUGAAACAGGUGCUAGAUCAAUACAAGAAUGAGGAUGUCAGCUUGACCAUAACCGGGCACAGUUUAGGUGCAGCACUAACCACUCUCAGUGCAGCUGAUAUAGUAGCUAAUGGACUCAACAGGAGUAAGACCAGAGCCACCAAGGUUUGUCCUGUCACAGCCUUCGCCUUUGCCUGCCCACGUACCGGGGAUUGGGGCUUCAGGCAAACGUGUAACUCCUUGGACAAUCUUAGCAUUCUACGUGUACAAAAUACGCCUGAUAUAGUACCCAAUGUUCCUCCACUAACAGCAGGCUAUGUAGACGUUGGAGAAUUGCUUGAAUUUGACACCAUAAGAUCUAUGUACUUGAAGCCUACAGGAGAGUUCAUAAGGUGGCAUAAUUUAGAGACAUAUUUGCACGGAGUUGCCGGAACACAAGGCAUUAACCCUUUUCAUUUAGAUGUUAAACGAGACAUCGCACUGGUGAACAAAGAAUUAGAUUUCGUGAAGACAGAGUAUUUGGUGCCUGCGAGGUGGUGGCUGGAGAAAAACAAAGGGAUGGUUCAACAAAAAGACGGUACUUGGAUACUUGAUGACCAUGAGGACGAUCCUUAAGAGAGCUAUUAUGCUAAACAGAAGCAGUAACUUAAUUAUACGUAUGUAAACUACGAUUCCAAAAAUCGCUAAACUAAUAAAAGUUUAUGCAUGUAGCAUACUAUGCACAAAACAAACUAUGAUCUUUUCAUAACAAAAAAAAUUAGAAGCAAA